AGAGAAAUACCCGCCAUUCAAAUAUACCCGGAAUCGUCACAAACAGUUGUUAGGGGCGGAAGCGCAUUAUUUCAAUGUCGGGUUACAUCUGGUGUCCCGACGCCUACUGUUGAGUGGCGCCGAAGCGACGGAAGUUUAUUCACUCCCAGCACUGAACUACUCGAUGGUGUCCUCAGAUUCAAUAGAGUGACCGGCGAUGAAGACGGCGCCUACAUCUGCACUGCCGAAAAUAUAGCCGGAAGAGUAACAGCACAGGCAGUGCUCAGAAUACAGGGCGCGCCCACUGUUAAGAUUCUACAGUCGAGUCCCUAUAGAGUUCGGCCAAAUGAAAAAGUGAGGCUCGAAUGCGAGGCAAACGGAGAUCAGACAUCAAACUUAAUUUGGAGACGAGUAUCACAUCAACUACAUUCUGGAGCACCAAUUCUGGUCGCCGGCACUGAGAGUGAGGGCAGAGCCGUCAUAGAAAUAUCAAAUGUGACCGCAUCUGACUCCGGAGUAUAUGUGUGCACCAGUACUUCGCCGUUUGGUACCAUUGAAGAGCGCAUUCAUCUAAUAGUUGAGGACGACUUAAUGGGAACAGUUGUGCCGCAUAUCGUAGUUGAGGAUCGAGUGGUAACCGUUGCCGCCGGCAAAAGGGCUACUCUUAGAUGCUUUGUUAGAGGGACUACACGUCCGGUUGAAUUAAGUUGGAUUCGAGCCGGAAAUCAAUCACUUCCCACAUCU